UAGUUUAAAAACUGCAAUGCUAUUGGUAGGGACAGAAUGGGAUUAGAGCCAAAGUUUGACUCUGUUUCUGCCAAAGUCUGUAUCAGAUUUAAGACACAUGCUUCUGCAAGCUUCCACGAAGGUUGUGAAAAAAGUUUUAAUACAGAGUUGGAUUACAGCUCUCUGUAGCUCAAAACAUUGGCCGUUAUACUACCAUCUUAAAAGGCAGCUGUAACACAGAGCACGGAGUAUAGCAUAUUUUUAUAUUUUCUGGACCACAAAUGAAUUGAGUCCUUUUGUGAGUCUAGAUGGGAGAUCAGUUAAUAACGUUAAUGUGAAUCUAUACCUGGUUACUUGUGAGAGUAUCUGAUAAAACCAAGCAAACCCUUAAAAACUUUUUUCAAAUGUAUCUAAAGAACAGUCUACGAAAUGACAUUGUCUAGGUGAAUUAUAAUUGUGUUGGAUGAGACAACAGUUAUUUACUUUCUCACGUGCAUAUUCUGUUUGGAUUUACAACUGAAAUUUUGGAAGCUUUUUUUUUUUAAUUGUUGCAAGAAAUGCAUUUCGAAACAGAGCCUUCCAGCUGUAUGAUAUCAACUGCGUAGUAAUCUGUGGAACUUAAACAUCAGAAUGUACAAACGGUGGGCAACCUUGAAUAUUUUCAUGGUGUCUUUUCUGCAUUUCCUGCAGGGAUCUGAUUAUGAGUAUGGACCUGUGAAGAGGGCAUCUCUGUCAGCAUUGGAACGGUCAGAACAGCUGAUAAGGAACGCAGCCAGUCUGGAAGAGCUGCUUCGAAUCACUCACGCUGAGGACUGGAAGCUGUGGAAAUGCAGACUAAAACUCAAAAGCCUCUCCCAUUUAGAUUCCCGGUCUGCGUCCCAUCGCUCCACUAGAUUUGCUGCUGCUUUCUAUGACAUUGAGACACUGAGAGUGAUAGAUGAGGAAUGGCAAAAAACUCAGUGUAUGCCAAGGGAGACCUGCGUGGAAGUUGCCAAAGAACUAGGUACAACCACCAACAAGUUCUUUAAGCCUCCCUGUGUGAAUGUGUUCCGGUGUGGAGGCUGCUGCAAUGAGGAGAGCCUGGGCUGUAUGAACACAAGCACAACUUAUGUUUCAAAAACGCUCUUUGAGAUUUCAGUUCCUUUGACAAGUGUGCCAGAGCCAGUGCCAGUCAAAAUUGCCAACCACACAGGUUGUAGAUGCUUAUCAACUGCUCAGCAUCACCAAUAUGCCAUCAUACGAAGAUCUGUCCAGUACCCAGAGGAGGAUGGUUGCCCUUUUACCAACAAACUUUGUCACAGUGGCUUGAUAUGGGACAGCAACAAAUGUGAAUGCGUGGUAGAUAAAGAACAUCCUGGCAGAAGGGAAGGACUCCCUCCUCUUGCUGAGCUGGCUAAGUGUGGACCACAUAUGGAAUUUGAUGAAGAUAAUUGUGAAUGUAUCUGUAGAUGGAAAUGUCCCACUGAUUUUUUCCAAAAUAAAGAGAACUGCAGCUGCUAUUUGUGUAGGGAGAGCCAGGAGAGCUGCUCUCAGAAACACAAGAUAUUUCAUGCAGAAACCUGCAGCUGUGAGGACAAGUGCCCAUUCCAACCCAGAACAUGUUCAACUGCAAAGCCAGUGUGUACAAAGCAUUGCCGUUGUCCAAAGGAGAAGAGAAGCUCUCAUGGGUCUCAAAGCAAAGAAACUCCUUGAUCUCGCUUUCCUCCUCUCUCCCAAAAACACACUGCUUUGCAAAGUAGCUGUCACUGACUUUUAAAUCAUUAGUAAACAUGGGACAUCUUCCACAUUAAUCGCAGAAGAAUGAAUCCAGUCUGCAUUUAUUUAUUAGAUUAAUCACUAACUAUUAGUGGACCCUCUGGGUCAUUGAUAGCUGUUUUCUAAUGGAUAACUACAGUAGAAGGAUUACCAGCUGUAGGAAAGGAAGAGUUUAAAGAGCCAACUCAACACUGUUAUAUGGAGGAUGAGACUGGUAUAUGUGUAGUAGAGUGAACAUCACCAUCCAGCAGUUCAGGAAUUUGAACUAAAUAGUCUCUGAAUUCUUAGCUAAUGCAUCUCUUUGGUGAAACAUUCUUCAGAGCUUCAGUGUACAGGAUUUGGCUUCUAAUAUGCUCAGCACUGAAUGAUUUGAUCUACUGUCCAGCUUUGAUUAUCAUUUUGAGUUUAUCGUACAACUACUGUCAGAUGUGCCAUAUUUAAAUGUAUAUAAGAAAAUAAAUACUUCAGUUAUUCAAGCUGUUUAUUA